AAAAAGAGGGAAGAAUUUGCUCUUAGCUGUACCCAUACACAUCCAUUCAAUGAUAGUAGACUUAAGCGAUUUCAAUUGGAGGAAGAACUUAAUCGUUGAAGAAGUUGAUGAGAUUAAAAUUUUUUUGAUGAAACAACUAGUUGAAUUACCUCCUAAAGUUAAUGAGUAUAUAGAUUCUUUGCAAAAAUCUACUGAUGCUACCUCAUUAAAAAGACAAUUAACUCAAGAAUCUGAGUGUGUUUUGAUUAGCAAAAGAUAAAGAAGGAAAAAUCAACAAAAGACAAGUCUGUGAAAACUCUGUAUUCUUUAUUAAGAGAUUAAGAGAAAAAUAAUACAAAACUUGUAUCAAGAAAAAAUAAUA